ACGAAUUAUAACAGAAUAAAGAUUCCUCAUAAAUUUAAUCUUAUCGAUUAUUUUUAUUUUUUCAGAAUGACUUCAAAGGUAAAAGAAAGUGGAAGAAAAAGUCUUUCUUCUUGGAUGACAUGUGAAAUAUGUCAGAGUAUUUUAUCACAAAAAGAUUUAGAAAUACAUCAUAUUAAUUGCCCACCUAAUUUUGAAACCUGGAAUCAUGAUUUCAUUAAUAAUAAUGUAUUAUAUAGUACUGUAGAAACAUAUAAUCCAUCAGAACAGCCAAAAAAUAUACAUGUAAGGACAUUUGAUGAUAUGGUAUUUAUAUCACAGUCUGCUUUGCAAUUGUGUGAAAUUGCAAUAGGAGAUUCUGUUCUUGUAAUUGUUGGAGAAAACAAAGUUGUUAAAACUGCAUGGCCAACUAAAGAUAAAAGUUUAACGAGUGUCUCAAUAACAAAACACGCAAUAGAAUUGAAUAAUCUUCGAGGUUUAGUCAAGAUUCAAAAAUUAGAUUGUUUUAAUGGUGCCAAGGAAUUUAUAAUUUGUAAUGUUGGAAAACACACAUUGCCAGAAGUAACUAUAGAACUUAACAUAAUACUUAAAAAUUAUAAUGAACAAAAAAUAUUUGCUGUAGGUAAUAAAUUCAGUAUACCUUUUUAUGGCAAGAGAUUAAUUUAUAAAAUUAUCAAAGUUAUAUCAGAUAAUUGUGAAGAAAAUAUUAAUUUGACUCAACAGUUUAAGCGAUUGAAUUUUACUGAUCAAGUACAUGAUAUCAAAUUUUAUAAAGCAUUUUAUAAUACAAAAUGGACAAUUUUAAAUGAAGAACAAAAAAAUAAACAGGAAGAAUACAAAAAAAUUAAAUAUAAAAUACAAGAUAUUGGAGGAUAUGACAAAGUAAUAGAAGAUAUCAAAGAUGUUCUUGAUAUUGGUCUUGGUAAAUCUCAAAAUCUUGGUGAUUUUUACAUUAGUAAAGGAAUAUUAUUAUAUGGUACUGCUGGUGUCGGUAAAUCAAUUAUUUCUAAUGCUUUAAUAUCAGAAUAUGACAUCAAUUCCGUCACUAUUUACAGUUCAGAUAUAUAUAGUAAAUCUCUAGGAGAGACAGAAAAAAAAUUGCAAGAUAUUUUCAUGGAAGCCAAAGCUAAAGCUCCAAGUAUUAUUUUAAUAGAGGAAAUUGAUAGUUUAUGUCCUAAACGAAGUACUUCAAGUACAGAUCAUGAAAGAAGAGUACUUUCACAAUUGAUUACACUUUUUGAUGACAUACAAAAUACAAAUAAUAAUGUAGUUAUACUUGCUACAACUUCAAAAUUAGAUCUUGUAGAUAGUUCUCUUAGAAGACCUGGUAGAAUAGACAAAGAAUUCGAAAUUUAUGUACCUACUCCCAGUAUGCGCGCAGAUAUAUUUACAAAAAUGUUAUCAAAAAUACCAAAUACUUUAUCUUUAGAAGAUAUACAAAAUAUUGCAUUUGUCACUCAUGGCUUUGUUGGCGCCGACUUAUACGGUUUAUGUUCUCAAGCAAUUUUAAAUGUUGUAAAGCGUCAACCGAAAACAAAUAUUGUUACUGAUUUUUCGACCAAAAUAACGUUAUCAGAUUUUAAUCGUGCUUUGACUGUUAUAAAACCAUCCGCUAUGAAAGAAGUUUUAAUAGAAGUACCAAAUGUUCGAUGGUCAGAUAUAGGAGGACAAAAAGACUUAAAAUUAAAAUUAAAACAAGCUAUCGAAUGGCCAUUAUGCCAUCCUGAAGUAUUUUUCAGAAUGGGUAUAACUCCACCUAAAGGUGUUUUGAUGUUUGGGCCACCUGGUUGUUCUAAAACAAUGAUCGCAAAAGCUCUUGCAACAGAGAGCAAAGUAAAUUUUUUAAAUAUAAAGGGACCAGAAUUAUUUUCAAAAUGGGUUGGUGAAUCUGAAAAAGCUGUAAGAGAAGUAUUUCGAAAAGCACGACAAGUUUCACCUUCCAUAAUAUUUAUUGAUGAAAUUGAUGCAUUAGGAGGAGAACGAAGUUCUUCCGUAACUACGGGAAGUAAUGUACAAGAACGUGUUUUAGCACAAUUAUUAACAGAACUCGAUGGCGUCACUGCAUUAGGCAGUGUCACUUUAGUAGCAGCAACUAAUCGACCUGAUAAAAUUGAUAAAGCACUUCUUCGACCAGGUCGUUUAGAUAGAAUAAUAUAUGUGCCAUUACCUGAUUAUGAAACAAGACAAGAAAUUUUUGAUAUAAAAUUAAGAAAUAUGCCAAUCGCGGAAGAUGUACAAAUUCAAGAUCUAGUAGAUCUUACAGAAGGAUAUUCUGGAGCAGAAAUCCAAGCAAUUUGUCAUGAAGCUGCUAUCAAAGCACUUGAGGAAGAUUUAAAUGCUACUAUAAUUACUAAGGAACAUUUUAAAGCAGCAUUGGCCAUAAUUACUCCUAGAACUCCACCAUCUUUAAUAAAUUUAUAUAAUGAUUAUAUAAAUAAAAUAUAUUGACAUUACAAA